GAGAACUUUCUCUGAGUCUGAGCAUUUCAGAUUUCGGAAGUGAUAACCCGUAAUCAUGGAAAACAAAGAUUUUCUUGAGUUCGGAAAAGCGACUCUUGACUUCAUAGUUAACUAUAAUGAUACCCUGAGGGAAAGAGAUGUUCUGCCAAGUGUUGAACCCGGUUAUUUGAGCGAACUAGUACCAGCUGAAGCUCCAGAGAAGCCGGAAUCUUGGCAGGAAGUUUUGAGUGAUGUAGAACGAGUCAUAUUGCCAGGAGUAACACAUUGGAAUUCACCACAUUUCCAUGCCUACUAUCCAACUGCCAAUUCCUAUCCAGCCGUAAUGGGUGAACUCAUGAGUGCCGGGAUAACAACACUCGGAUUUUCCUGGAUAUCAUCACCUGCCUGCACCGAAUUGGAAGUCGUUACUAUGAAUUGGUUGGGGAAAAUGAUGGGGUUGCCAAAAGAGUUCCUGAACUGUAGCGAAGGACCUGGUGGCGGAGUUCUACAGGGUUCGGCAAGUGAAUCAACUUUGGUUGGCCUACUGGCAGCGAAAGAGCGCAUGGUUAGGCAUAUGAAACGCCAAGAUCCAGAUUUGGACGCUGGGCUGUUGAAAGCAAAAUUCGUAGCCUAUACUUCAGACCAAUCGAAUUCGUCCGUUGAGAAGGCGGGACUCCUAGGCUCAAUGCCGAUGAGAUUGUUACCGGUUGAUGAAAACUGUUCUCUUCGGGGAAAAACUCUUCGAGAAGCGAUGGAGAAAGAUAAGAAGGCUGGUCUCAUCCCCUGUUACGUGGUUGCAACCCUCGGAACCACCGGCACUUGUGCCUUCGAUAACCUGAACGAGAUCGGACCAAUCUGCCAAGAGAAUAAUGUCUGGCUUCACAUAGACGCUGCCUAUGCAGGUGCUGCCUUCGUAUGUCCUGAAUACCGACACCUCAUGUCUGGAGUGGAAUAUGCUGAUUCCUUCAAUUUCAAUGCUCACAAAUGGCUUCUCACUAAUUUCGAUUGCUCGGCUAUGUGGGUGAAGGAUGCUGGACAACUCAUUAAUGCCUUCAACGUCGACAGAAUUUAUUUGGCUCAUGACAAGCAAGGACUAGCACCUGAUUACAGGCACUGGCAAAUACCUUUGGGCCGCCGAUUCAGAUCUAUGAAAUUAUGGUUUGUAAUGCGAUUAUAUGGAGUCGAGGGUCUCCAAAAACACAUACGUCAUUCAAUAGAAAUGGCAAAAAGGUUUGAAUCACACGUACUAUCUGACAACCGUUUUGAACUUGUCACCCAAAGAUCUAUGGGCCUCGUCUGCUUCAGAAUGAAGGGUGACAAUUCACUGACACGCCAACUCCUUGAUCGAUUAAUGGCGAGAAAGCACAUCUACCUGAUUGCUGCGACUUAUCGCGAGAAAUUGAUAAUCCGUUUUGCCGUAUGCACUCAUCUUACUAAAGCCGAGGACAUCGAUUUUGCAUGGAACGAGAUAAAAGGACAGGGAGAUGAAAUACUAUCAGCGAAAUUGCAACAGGAGAUCGCAUUGAAGAAAGAGGAGGAAAAUUUGAGUAGCGAGUAUUCUGGGAAAGAAGGCGGAAUCGCAGCUCGGUUGAAAAAUAUGAAGAUUGAAAAUGCAAAACUAUCACAAAAAAUAUCGUAAUCAGGAGUCAUUGUUAAUAUGAAUACGCGUAAUCGACA